UCAACAAUUUUAUUAUCAUAGGUUUAUAUAAUAGGUACUGAUAUUGUUAUAUAUUAUUAUACUAGUGUGUCUGUUGAGGAGUAGUUUAGUUAGCAAAAACCACUCGAAGAGACUAGUUCGUUGGUAUGUAAUGUCAGUGGCGGCCCAAGGCAAGGGCGAACCUGGCGGUCGCCCGGGACGCCUCCAGAAUAGGGGUGCCGGAAGCGCAUUUAGGCCAAAACAUGGAGGCGUCAAUCCUCAGUAUGCCGUUCUUGAACGCCAUAGCGCCAUUACACGAUCUUCGCCCGUUGUAGGCGCCAUACAAUCGUCUUUUGUCUGUGGCACCAUAGCGGCAGUGCUGCAUCAAUCGGCGUCGUCGGUCGGGGAACCACGACGAGCCGUGGCGAGAAUUAUAAACGCCGGGUUCGUCGGGCGUCGUUGUAGGCGGCACCACGGUUUGUUCCAUGAGAAAGCGGUGUGAUAACCGCGGCGCACCGAAUGCGGUUGAUGAUAAGACGGCAGCACGGUCCGUACGCGGUUGUGUGUGUGCGCGGGCGAGUGUAUUUACACGCGUUUGUGUGUGUUGUCUCGUGUGUGUGCGUUUUCGCGUGCAUUAAAUUUCGUCACAGUGUUGUGUGUGCAUGUCUGACCGUCAUAGACCGAUCGGGCAGUGCGUGGGAGAAAGAUCGAGACGGGAUCCGCGGCGACUAGAGAUCGAACAGGAAACGAAAAGUGGGAAAGCCCAUAAAAGUCGUCUCCGGAGCUGCUGAUCUCGUCGCGUCCGGUUUGUGACCGGCAAAAAUCUAACGCGCGAGUGUGCAUAUAUUAAUUUUUUUUAUACUAAAAAUACUAGUGUAAUAAUUUUUUUUUUUUAUACCUAGGUUUUUAAUAUAAAUU